GGAUGCCCUCCGCCGUUUCCAAAACGGCACCGGUGGCGGAAUCGGCCGGCGGGGAGAAGGAGGAGGGGGUCCUUCGGCAGGGGCUGCUUCUGCCGCUGCUGCUCCAGCUGGAGGUUCGUCGGCGUCGUGGGGGGAACUCUGGCCGCCCUCCCAGCUCGCUGGGUCUGAUGGACGGGGAGGGGCUGACAGUGGAGGAGCCUCGCGCCCCUCCAACCGCCUUAGUUGAUGACCAGGGCGGGUGGGCGUGGCACGAACAUUGGAAGGCUAGUCUGGUUUCCCCGCCUCCAACCGCCGCUGCUCGAGACGUGCAGCUGGAGCAGGGGGCGUGUCCAACGGUCGGCAGUCGGUUUUGCCUGUGGAGAUUUAACCGCCUUGACCCAAGUCUGCCUCACGCGGAGGAGCUCUCGUUUGGAGGCUGCCCGUUUGUCCUUCCCGAGGGAGAAAAGUGUGUUGGGGGUGAUCCAGCCUGAUGCAUUCUCUGACAUCAUGGCCAAGAAUUAUUUAUGGCCCAGAUGGAAGACUGGGAUGAGCUUGCCUCCCCCUGCCGCAAUGGUCUUUCAGCGCAGAAGAGACAGUCUUGAAAGUCCUAUCUGAAAGUCUGGAAACAUUCUGAUUGUAAUCUAACUAUGGCUGCCUGUGGGGGCACGUUAAAUGGGACUUCUAGCUCUACUAAUGCAGAAGCAUUCUGCAAUUCCAGUGACGGUUCUUCUUUUCAGCCCAUCAAAACCCAGGUGGCCAUUCCUACUGCUCAUGUCAUGCCUUCCAUGCUGGAGAGCCCUCCCUGCAAGCCCUGCACAGUGGGCAAAUCAAGCACAUCUCUGGCUGGCAGGACCUCCUUCCUGCCUUGCCCUUCAGAUGACACGGCAGGGCUGGUGACAAACUGUAAAGCUUCGAGGCACAACCAGGCAUUUCCCAGGGACUAUCUUCCUAUGUACCAGGCUUCACUGGAAAAUGAUUUUGAUCGAUCCCUGUUCCCUUCAGCUGAUCAAGAAAGCAUGCAAGAUGCUCAGAAAUAUGGCAGGCUUGCCGCAGAAUACACUUUUAACCAUUCUGCUUUUUUAGAGUCUGAUGGUCCUUGGACCCAGCUCCAAAUUUGCAAUUCAAUCAUCGGGCCUGCUGACCUAGAAAAAGAACCAUGCAGAGUGCAGCUCAGUUCUAAGCCAACAGCCGAAGCCAGCAAAAUCUGUGAAAAGCAGCUUUCCUUGGGCCCUAAUCCUGCCAUGACAUAUUCCAACUCAGUAGCUGCUCAGUCGCAAGUGUGGACACAGCAAACCUGUACACAGCAUUCACAUGAUGACUGUGUGUGCAGUGCAUGGAAACAGCACUUGGACCGGGUGCGACAGCAACUAGAUCAAAUACAGCUGCAAAGCAAAGCUGCUUACUACCAUCCCCUGGUGAACAGCACUUCAUUGCCCUCUGUUGAUCCGACUCAGUGGGUUGGAGUUGUGAACGCAAAUGAGAAUCUACUCAGGGAGAAGGAAAUACUAAUUGACAGACAGAGGCAGCACAUUUCACAGCUGGAGCAGAAGGUACAAGAAAGUGAGCUGCAGGUCCACAGUGCUUUUUUUGGCCCUCCUGUCCCUUAUGGAGACAUCUAUUUGCUCAGAAUGCAGGAGUUGCAACAGGAGAAUGUAUUCUUGCGUGCUCAGUUUACUGAAAAGACAGAAUUGCUGAGUAAGGAAAAGAUUGAACUGGAGAGGAAACUGGCCGCUGCAGAAGCAGGUGAAAAGCAGAUCCAGGAGUUCCACAAGAAGACAGUACAGAAGUAUGAAGCAGUGCUGAAGAAGCAGGAAGAGAGGGUUAAUACAAGAGACAAACACAUUGAACAUCUGAAGAAAAAAUGCCAAAAGGAAUCUGAGCAGAAUCGGGAGAAACAGCAGCGAAUAGAGACCUUGGAGCGCUACCUCGCUGACCUUCCCGUGUUGGAGGAUCACCAGAAACAAAGUCAACAGUUAAAAGAAGCCCAGCAGACAAUUGCAGUCUUACAGGAAACCGUGACUGCCCUUGAGAAGGACCUUAAUGGUAUCCGUGCCAGUUGCAGAGAGAAGGAAUUACAGCUGGAAACACAGAAACACAAAGAAAUGGAACUGCUUUCCACUGUGCACAGUUUACAAGAUAAGAUGCAGUGUGGGAAGAUGUUGUCAGCAGAAGGAUACGCCCAAGAGAUGGAGAAAAUGAAAGGAAAGAAGGAGUCUCUGCAAAAAGAAUGUGAUCUCCUCAGGAAGAUUGUCGACAAGCAAAAGAAGAAAAUGGAUCAGUUGUCCUCACAGAUGAAGGGCCUGGAGGAACAGCUUGCUCAAGAAGAGGGCACAGGCCAGGCGCUAAGAAUGGAAGCCAUGAGGCAGGAGAGUGCGCUGCAACAGCUGCGCUUGGCAGUGAAAGAGUUGUCUGCACAGAACCAGGAACUGAUUGAGAAGAACUUGACUCUCCAGGAGCACCUCCGGCAGAUUGAGCCGAGCCAGCAGCUGCCUGGUGAGAUGGCCCACCUUGCUGAAGAGCUGCAUAAGGAGCUGGCCAGCUGCUUGCAAGACCUGCAGUCUGUCUACAGUGUUGUGACUCAGAGGGCUCAAGGGAAGGAUCCCAAUUUGUCUUUGCUGCUAGGCAUCCCCUCUGUGCAGUGCUCAGUUAAAGAAAAGGGUGACUUAUUGAAGCCAGACAUGCUUGCAAAGAAGCUGGAUGAUGUCAGACAGUUGCACAAGGAUAUCGAGGAUUUACGGACCACUAUCUCGGACCGAUACGCCCAGGAUAUGGGGGAUUACUGUAUCACACAGUGAAGACAAAAAGAUAGGACUUGGGGACUAAGACUGCAGCUGCUGUGGGAGGGGCUCAAGAACUGCUUAAAUUAUUUUUGCUUGGGUGACAAGUGGAACAUAUUUCCCACAACUGGAAAUCUGAGCAUUUCUCAUACUAUAAAUAUUCAUCUCUGACAAGGUCUCUUUGUCAGCCUUGAAAGAAGGUUUCUUUACUAUAAAUGGUUCAGAUACUGGGUGAGUUGCCCAAUAGCUACUACCCUUUUCUUUAAUUGACUGCUGUUCUAGGGCUGCUUUGCAAGGCAGGUUUCUUCUAUAUGCUUACUGCUAUGUGCACUCCUCAGCCAUGUCUCUGUUGUCUCAUAGGGGAGAUAUUGGUGGGUGUGGAGAUGGGCCAGCGGUAUGACCCAAUAUACUCUGUUUCCUUACCCAGUAAUGGAUAGGUAUGUGGCUAAGGGUGCAUGGUAGCUUUAUGCAGAAAACUAAAUUAGGUUGUCUGGCUAGCUGCCUUUUUACAAAGGUGCUCCACAUAAUUUAUACUUGAGCGAAAUGCAUGCCAGCAGCACUGAAUUACUGGGAGAUUUCAGAGAAAAGAUUUCACUCAGUUCUGCAGUUCUCAGGUUUGAAAGAAACCAGCCAGAAGCCUUAAUACUACAAUGGAGUGGUACAACUCCCUGCUGGUUUAAUGGAUUCAUAGCCUUAUAACUGAAUCUGUGCCUUUACUUGCAUAAUUGCAGAGCCUGAGCAGCUGCACAAGUUCCCAGUCAUGCUGCACAUUUUUACAGGGACUGUGCAGGUGCCCCUUUAUGCAAGUACAAGCUUGCCAAUUCUAGAGUGGAUUUUUAAAAAAUCUAUCACAAUGCAACAACAAAUACAGUUGCCUACAUGGCAGCAUGAGCUGGAAACCUUCAUAGCCACCACUUUCCCCCUCUUGAGUAACUCCUGGCAUACUUUCAAUCCAUUAUGUGAUUUUGCCUUCUGGACUAAAAUUUGCGCUGAUUUGUAUGAAAGACAGACUAAUGGAGGUUUGCUGAUGAAUCACUGACUGAGGUGAUAUAUGAAUAAAGGGGUAUAGAAUAUGGGUGGGAAGGAUCAUUGUGGCCUUACAUGACCCCUUGCUGCCUAGAGAAAAUUGGUUCCCUGAGAGAAAGCUAAGCUAGGCCCUUUUGCCCUGACCUGCUACUGUUGCUCAGCUGGGGGGGGGGGGAGCUUUUAGCCAUACAGAAGUUCUGUCAGCCUUUUGAAAUUAUAGACAUACCGUAAUGUGUCUCAUCUGCCUAUGGUGUAUAAAUUACAGAUGAACCUACGUAGUUUAAUGGGCUUUCAUGGGAGAUGUUCCUGCUGCACCAUUCAACAGCAUUGCUAUCCUCAGGAGCAUAAAACUGCUUUGCAAAAGCAGUGACUUAACACUCUUGUAACCCGCCAGUAUCCACUCUUUGCUUGAGUAUUCUUGUCUAAUGUAAAGGGUGCAUUAAAUCUCUGCAAACUUCUUACAGUGUGCUUAAGAGAGGGGAGUGCAAAACUAUUUGCCUUAAUUUCAUUUUGGGUUGUUUAAAAAGGUAAGAUUAAUAUUACACUGAAAUGGGGGGGGGGAAUAUUCUUUUAGGAAACAAUUUUGGGCACACUUUUUCUUUUCUGCAAUUUUUGGCACAUGAAAAUUACAGACAAAUUAAAACAUUAUUUUCAAUGCCUGGGCUGCCCACCCCCAAGCAGUAGGAAGGGAAAGAAGAAGCCUGGUCUUCAAUACAUUGGUAAUAGACUCUGAAGACCAGAUCUACCAUCUAUUAAAAUAUUUGCUCUUCAAUAGGCCGAUACACUGUGGCCCAUCUGAGGCACACUUCCUUCCCAGAACACUCCCGAAAUUCCAAGAGUGUUUGGGGUUGUUUUGGAUGUCUCUGAACCUAAAUGAAACUGGAAAUUUCAAUUUGGGAAUAUCUGAAUGCACACUCCUAGCUUAAGCUUCAGAGACUGUCUGGUGCAUGGCUAUUGGGGAAAGAACCAGAGUUGACAAGGGGGAACUUGGUCAUUGGGUUACUGCAGUCUUUUUAAGCCUCCUGUAUCAAAUCCCUAGAAAGUGAGACCCUGUGACCCUGCUUGAAGGUUAAAUCCAUUUUGAUUUUCUAAACAGCCAGUAUAGAAAGGAACUUUCCCAGGCCCUGGUCACUUUCUUAAGAUCCUUUCAUUUACUUAAUAUCCCUUUCUGUGCCAGAGCAAAACAAAAGCCAGAGGAUCCCACCAAACAUAUUUGCAACAUUCUAGAUCAGUUUAAGCUGCUUAAAAUUAAGUUGAGGUAUGGCUUAACCUUCAGUUUGUGGCUGAGUGUUGAAGACUUUUCUUUUUGGUGAGUCUGGAUAGCACCUGCAUUGUAUGAACUUGUAGAAGGCUCUGUUUUCCAGUACUACUGUUGCCAAAUUCCCAGUGGUUCUCAAAAAUGUGCUACAUCAUUCUUUAAUAAAAUCAGGGCUGGUUCCUGAGUGAGAAAGGGCUUUUUAACCAUAGGCAAGCCAAGGGUCUUUGCUUCUCAGUUGUAAUGAUAUUUGACAGAGUUUGUCUAUAUAUAUAUAUGCAAAUUCUCUGGUUUAUAGUUUUAAACACUGUUGUGCUUGCAUCCAAAGAGAGCAUAUUUUCCUUGCAUUUGUAUAUAGUAUUUUUUAAAUAAAAGUGGAUUUUCUUGUUUUCAAAA